AUGAACUUGUUGGAUCAAAAAGAUGUUUUCUUGGACAACAUCCGGCCCUUUGUGGGCAUGGGGCACUAUGCCACUGUGGCAGGUGUCAACAAAGAGAUGAAAGACCUCUACGAGAAGUUUUGCAACUCUGUGGGGGAUCCUCCCAAGGUUCUUCUUUCUGCGAAUGAGAAGCGGCCAGCAACCAGCAAGGACACGUUUUUGAGUGUUGGAUUCUGUAAUGUGUCCUGUGCUGAAUACUGGCACAAUGAUGAUAACACCUGCAAAGCACCCAAGAACAUGUUUGUGUGUCGGCACAUUGCCAAAGUUGGUGUCCACGUCUUGCCGUCCUCCAAUGGGCCCGAAAGAAGGGAUACCUGUGGGAUGAACAAACGUGUUCUUGUGCUACUGAGGCUGCAGAGUUUUGAGGUCUUGAAAAGUGGGCCAUGCAAAUGCUGUCCAUGGGAUAGAAGGACGUGCUGUGCAGCUGCUAAACAUGGCCAUUUUGAUAUCUUGAAAUGGGGCCAUGAGAAUGGCUGCAAAUGGGACAUACAAACAUGUUCUUGUGCUGCUCGAAAUGGCCAUUUGAGAUUUGAAAAAGGGCUCGUAGCAAAAUGGAAUGCAAGGUGGAGAUCAAAGGACAUGCACUGCUGCAGCAAGACAUGGUCAUUUCAAUGUGCUGAAAUGGGCGAGAAACAAUGGCUGUCCAUGGAGUGCUGGGACUUGCUCUGGUGCUGCACAAGGUGGACAUUUUGGAAAUAUUGA